GGACGCUAAAGUAGAAGAAGAUAGAUUCGAUUGGAUUCAGAUCAGAGAAUUGUAAAUUGAUCGAAGAAGAUGAACACAGACAUCACCGCCUUGGAGAAGCCCCAAUACCCCGUCGUCGAUCGGAAUCCACCAUUCACAAAAGUCGUCGGAAACUUCAGCGUCCUCGAUUACCUCCGUUUCUCCACCAUCACCGGCGUCUCCGUCACCGUCGGCUAUCUAUCAGGGAUAAAGCCUGGGAUCAAAGGACCUUCAAUGGUGACGGGAGGAUUGAUCGGACUCAUGGGUGGGUUCAUGUAUGCGUACCAAAACUCUGCAGGGAGGCUUAUGGGUUUCUUCCCUAAUGAAGGUGAGGUCGCUAGUUACCAGAAGCGUGGCGGUUUCUCCUCCAAAUGAAUUUUCAUUUCCUUCUAAGAAUUCGAAAUGAAUUCUCUUUUUUUUUUCCCUGUUUGUUAUGACGUAUGAUGAAGCUUAAUAAAGAUUUGAGCUUGCUCAAGAAUAUUCCUGUGAUUGUUUGGGGUGAUUUGAAACGUGUCUUUGCUGCUGCAUUCAGAACAUUUCAGUCUCAAGUGAUUUGAUUUGCCUUAAUCUUAAAGAUUAUUUUUUUUGGUUGGUUAGAGAUGUGGUAGCUUCUUCUACUGUGGUUUGUUUGGCUUUGGUUAGUUGUUGUGUAACUUCUGCAAAGGAUGUAUUAACGGAUAAAUAGUAGUGAGAGUUGCUCACUCGAGACCCUUCAGUGUAUGAACAACUUCUGUUUUUGCUCUCAUUUAUUUCAUCUCCAU